AUGCACACACACACACACACACACACACACACACACACACACACACACACACACACACACCUCACACGACACACAUACACAAACACACAGUAGUUGUGGCGUACGCAGAUGCACACACCUAUUGUGUGUGUGGCAGUGAGGUCUAAGAACGCUUUAACUCCAACUUUCUCCUUCCUCUUUCUCUUUCUCCCCUGAUCGGUCACAUGGUCUUUUUUAUCACCUAACUACAACCCGAGCGACUUUGUUCUGCUCCAGUAAUUGAAAUGGAAUGCAGCCCGUCCGGCUGAUCGCCCUGCCUGCCGGGAUGACCUGCGGAGUGUGAUCACGUGUUGUCUCAGGGCGUCUGUAUAUACCAGCGUCUGCUCCGUCUGAGUUCCAGUACAACCCUCACGCUUUCUUCACCUGCCUGGAGCCAAACAAACACACACAGGAGGCUGGACUCAUUCCACCCUGACGGUAACGGUGCUCGGUGCCUCAGAGAGACCUGGUGGGUGACGGACACCCGACAGACCCUGAAAGACCCCCCCUUGGACCCUGAAAGACCCCCUCACCCCGUCAUGGCCCUGUCCAGACCGGAGCAGCUGCUGGCCCACGAGCUGAGCUGCCCCAUCUGCCUGCAGGUCUUCUCAGACCCGGUGCUGUUGCCCUGCGGACACAGCUACUGUCUGGCCUGCAUUGGUAAGACCCUGGUCAAGGGGCCCCAGGGAGGAGCCCCCACCGCCGACAGGGAGCUGGCCCCAGAGGCCCUUAUGCGUUGCCCCGAGUGUCGGGAGGAGUUCAAGGGCCUGGAGACACUGAGGAGGAACUUCAAGCUGUGCGGCAUCGUGGAGGGCUACCGCGCCACGGUUAAGGAGGAGCAGGGGCCCGGGGCCAAAGAGGAGCCGGGGCCGGGGGCCAUGGAGGUGCACGGGCCCAAGGAGGAGCAGGGGCCAGGGGACAAGGAGGAGCAGGGGCCAGGAGCCAAGGAGGAGCAGGGGCCAGGGGCCGAGGAGGAGCAGGGGCCAGGAGCCAAGGAGGAGCAGGGGCCAGGAGCCGAGGAGGAGCAGGGGCCCGGGGCCGAGGCUGCGGCGAGGGCCAGCCCCGGUCCGGACGUGUUCUGCGACCACUGCAUCGAGGGCUCCGUGCGGGCGGUGAGGACCUGCCUGAGGUGCGAGGUGGCUCUGUGCGAGCGGCACCUGCAGAAGCACCAGGAGAAGAGCUCGUUCAGGGGCCACGUGCUGGUGGCCCCCCAGAGGGAGGCGGUGCCCCAGGCCUGCCUGCGCCACGGGGCUAGCCUGGAGUACUUCUGCUCCAGCGACAGCCUGCUGCUGUGCGCCAGCUGCGUCCUGGAGGGCUCCCACCUGAACCACGACCUGCUGAGCUUCGCCGUGGCCGAGGAGGAGAUGAGGCGGGCGCUGGAAUCCCGCAGCAAGGCGAUGUCGUGCCGGCUGCAGAUCACAGGGGGCCUCCUGCAGAGAGCGGCGGAAGAGCAGGGAGCCUCGGAGGCGGUGGGGGAGAAGCUGGUGUCCCGGGCCGCCAGCCUCAUGGACAGCAUGGCCGCCCUGGUCCAGAGGCACAGAGAGCGUCUGAGCUCCCUCCUGGAGGAGGAGAGAAGCUUGAGGAGGUGCAGCUGGCAGCAAGGCCUAGCCUCGCUGGGACAGCAGCAGCACACCCUGCAGCAGGCCCAGACGGAGGCCAGCCAGGCCCUGAGCGAGACCGACAAGUGCCUCUUCGUGAACAGGUUCCUGGGUCUGGAUCCCCAGAUCCGGGCGGCCCUCAGCCCUUCCUUGGACGCGAGCACCCAGCUCCCCUCCAAGGCCCCGCUCAACUUCCAGAGGCUGCAGGCGGGCCUGCGCAGCCAGGACUUCCACGGGGAGAUGAUCCUCCUGCUGGACUCCCUCCACCUGGCCCUGAACCCCCUGGAGCUCACCUUCAACCCCCACACCGCUCACCCCAGCCUGCUGGUGUCCAACGACCUGCGCACCGUGCGGGCCGGCCCGGCCCGGCAGCCGUACGGCGAGCACCCCGAGCGCUUCUCCAGCGCCCCCCAGGUGCUGUGCAGCCAGGGCUUCUCGGGGGAGGAGCACCUGUGGGUGGUGGAGGUGGGCGAGGGCAGCAUGUGGUCGGUGGGGCUCUGCUACAAGAGCCUGCCGCGCCGCGGCGACCACAGCCGCCUGGGCCACAACAACGUGUCGUGGCGCCUGCAGUGGAAGAACCGCAAGCUGACGGCGUGCCACGCCUCGGCGAACGUGGCGCUGGGCGAGCGCGCCGGCGGCCCGCCGCGGCGCGUGGAGGUGGCGCUGGACUACGCCGCCGGCACCGUGGCGUUCCACAGCGUCAAGGGCCCGCGGGAGCACCUGCACACCUUCAGGACCACCUUCCGGGAGCCCGUGUACCCCGCCUUCAGCCUGCACUCCAGCACCCCCGAGUCCUGGAUCACGCUGCAGAGCGGGAUGUAGGCCACCCGCCCGCCGGUAGCCCAGCAUGCACCCUGGCUGGCCGGCGUCGAUGGCGCCGGCAGCGCCGAGCGCCGGGCGCUCUGUCUCUGUGCGGGUCAACACCGUGGUGUCGGAUCCAGGGGUGUGUCUAGCCGGGGCUAGGGGACGCCGUGCAGAGUUCAGCCCGGACCCUUGGAGGGACGUGAUGGUCCUCUGCUAAUAGCAGGGAAGCUAAGCAUCCUCGGGCAAGAAACCUUAGCCCACACCACCACCUGUCUCUGUACUGUCUAACCCCUACCUGCUCCUUAGUGACCUGUCUCUGGACUGUCUAACCCCUACCUGCUCCUUAGUGACCUGUCUCUACUGUCUAACCCCUACCUGCUCCUUAAUGACCUGUCUCUGGACUGUCUAACCCCUACCUGCUCCUUAAUGACCUGUCUCUGGACUGUCUAACCCCUACCUGCUCCUUAAUGACCUGUCUCUGGACUGUCUAACCCCUACCUGCUCCUUAAUGACCUGUCUCUGUACUGUCUAACCCAUACUUGCUCUUUAAUGACAUAGACAUUUCCUACACAUCGUUAAAGACAGUACAGUACAGAGACUCUAUGUACUGUUAGAGCAGGGGGCUAUACUAAAAUGACAAGCACAAUAAUUGAUAUAUACACAGGUACUUUAUUUAUCCAGAGGGAAAUUUAAGAAUAAUGAAUAAGUGAACCAAGUCAAUAAAGAUGCAUGGAAUGCAUGUACAUAUUUGUUUUAA